AUGACGUCUGCGAUGAAGAACGAGCUACUGAAUUUCAGACAGAGCGGCACUUACCAAGGCUAUGUGGCCAAGUUUCAGGAGAAACUACGACUGGUGCCAAUGGACCCUGCUUUUGCAAAAGAACUUUUCCUCAAGGGUCUAAGCAACAACAACCUUCGCAAGCAAAUCCUGCAGAAGAAGCCCAUGACACUGGAAGAUGUGAUUAGCGAAGGCUUCAAUGAGGUUGAGCUGGAGCGUAUGGACGAAACCGAAAAGAAGACGAAAUGCUCUCAUUGCCAGCGUGGAUACCACAAUGAAGAUGACUGCUGGGCUGCGAACUCUGCCAAGACUGACUACAAAGCCAAAUACUACGCUCUUAUCGACAAGCUCAUUGUAGACGACGAGGACACGUCCACGUCGCCUUUAAACGAGUAA